AUGAAAAAGCUAGAAAGCUCAAAUCCCCAAGCCCUAAGUUGGUGCGUGACAUUAGCUCAUCAGGCGACGGGGAAUUAUGCAAGGCUCGAAGAUCGAUUGGCUGGAAUUGAGGCAAGACUUUCAGGAUUGGAGUUGGAACAGAAAGUAGAGAGCAAAUUGUCGAGCUGUGCAGGUAAAAUUCUGAACUCUCCUUCUGUUGCUUCAAUUUCUGGUACUAAGUCAUGUAAGGGCGAGGAAAUUGGGAAGCAUACGAUGGAGAAUAGAGCAAUCAAGGCAAUCAGUGUUCUUGAUCUUUCGUUCGAGAAGCAGUAUAUGACAGAUAAGCAGGUGGUUAAGCCAGUCUACUACAAGUCCUCAGUGAAGGAUCCGGGUGUUCGUGGUGUAUUGAAAAUGAACAAAGAUAGGUUCGUGUUCACCCCUAGUGAUCCAACUUCAUCAGUGAGACUUAAUGUAGAGUUUCGAACAAUCACAGGCCACAGAUUUACCAAGCAAGAGACCAAACAAGGUUCUAAACCACCCCAGUGCCUGCUUAAUCUUAAUCAAGAUCAGGGUGGGUACCUUUUUCAGUUUGAUUCUUUCCCCGACCGUGAUAUUUGCAAAGAUUUUGUAGCCAGAGUUCUUGAAAUGAGAGAUGCUGGAAAAGCAGUUUCCAACAAAUCUGCUACUCCAGUUCAUGAUGAACAACUUAGUGCAGCGGAAAUGGAACGACGGAUAAAGCUACUUCAGGAGAACAGUGAACUACAGAAACUUCACAAGCAAUUCGUGAUUGGAGGUAUUCUAUCUGAAGCUGAAUUCUGGGCAACACGAAAGAAGUUGUUGGAGCAAAAUUCCAGCAGAAAGUCAAAACAACGAGUAGCUUUAAAAAAUGACAUGUGGAGUACUAAGCCGCUAUCAGAUGGUCAGUCUAACAGAGUUACGUUUAACUUGACACCGGAGAUUAUACUACAGAUUUUUGCUGAGAAACCAGCUGUCCGCCAAGCAUAUCUAAAAUUUGUGCCUAACAAGAUGUCUGAGAAGGAGUUCUGGACCAAAUAUUCUCGAGCAGAGUACCUCCAUAGUACAAAAAAUGUUGUUGCUGCCGCAGCAGAGGCUGCAGAAGAUGAGGAACUUGCUGUAUUUUUGAAGCGAGAUGACAUGUUAGUGAAUGAAGCUCGGAGGAAGAUCAAACAGGUUGAUCCGACUUUGGAUAUGGAAGCUGAUGAAGGAGAUGACUAUACGCACCUCCCAGACCACGGGCUAUCACGUGGGGAUGAAAAGGAGGUUUUGGAACCACAAUACGAGCCAUUCAAAAGAUCUUUCUCCCAGUAUCUCAAUCAGCAUGCAGCCAUAGUGCUUCAAGGAAGAGUUGUAGAUGUUGAGUCAGGGGAUACCAGAUCGGUAGCUGAAGCACUUGCCAGGACCAAACAGGCGGAGUUGGCAAAAGAUGUUUCUGAUGUGGAUAUGGACCAUGCUCGCUUAGAGAGGGUAUCUCGUAUGGCUGAGAUUGAAGAUCUUCAAGCACCAAGCGAACCUCCAGUUGCACCACUUAGCAUUAAGGAUCCACGUGACUACUUUGAUUCUCAACAAGCCAAUGCCUUAAAUACUGCGGCGGAAUCUGAUUUCUGCUCAACCCAAUUAAAUUUUAGUAUCAGACCUUCUCUGGCAUACAGUUGGUUAAAUGAAUCCAUCACUGAGAUUAAAACAGGGGGACUAGCCGAUCCCCUUAUUUCUUCAGAUGUUGCUCUUAAGGUCUUUGAUAGUUUGAAUCAGAGUAUGUCAUGCACCAAGUUUAAUGUGGGGAGGAACCCCAGUGACAGUGUUUUGGAUAGUUUGCCGAAAGAUACGAAGGAGGAACUUUUACACCAUUGGACAUCAAUACAAGAGUUACUGAAGCAUUUUUGGUCAUCAUAUCCUAUUACAGCGAAAUCUCUCUUUUCUAAGGCAACCAAAAUGAAGGAUGCUAUGUCUCAAAUUUAUCCAAAACUGCAGGAGUUAAAGAGAACAGUGCAGUCAGACUUACGGCAUCAGGUCUCACUUCUUGUGCAACCAAUGCUCCAGGCCCUCGAAGCGGCUUUUGCACAUUAUGAUGCUGAUAUCCAGAAGAGAUCGUCAAGGAAUGCAGGGAGGCCUAAUGGCUACUGA